AUGGCUCUUGUUUAUAAAGUGUUGAAAGGGAAAUGCAUUGAAAAACCUAUUAAAGGUAAAAAAGCAAGAGAUGAUGACACAGAGAGUGAGGUUUGUGGUUUUAACUUCGACUCAGAGACUGAAGGUGACUCAGAGGAGCCAAGUAAAAAGGGGAGGAACAAGGCUAAGAGAAAAAGGAUUGUGGUGGAUUCAGAUAUGUCAGAGUCUGAGGCUGAGUCCUUCGAAGGUAAACUCAUCAAAAAUAAGAAAGGGAAAGGCACCAGAAAGAAAACCCAAAGGAAGAAGAAUAUCAGCAAGCAAGGUAACAAAUAUAUUAAUCAAAUUUUGAUUAAUUCUAAUGAAGAGGCAGAGGAGAAUAAAAAUGAUGAUGGGCAGGAUAAGGAGGGGGAUGAGAUUCUGGUUGUGGGCAAUAAUGAGGAUUUGAACACUCAAGGUCUACAGAAAGAGGAUCAAGAGGACAAAAGGGUUAAAUCUAGGGAUUGUGUUGGAGAAAAUGAGAGUAUUAAGGGUUUCUGUGAUACCAUCAAUACAAUGGUAAAAGACAUUGGCAGCCUGAAGAAAAAUAUGAAUGUUGUCAAAAGAGCCACGAUAAGUGACAAACCCCUGACUGAAAAUGUUAAAGAGUUGGUGGUGGCAAUUAAUAAUGUUGAAGCCAUUGAAAGCAUGGUGAGUAAAAUUAUUGCAAUUGAAAAUAAGGUUAAGGAGAUGGCAGAAAAUAAGGAGGUGAAAGGGAUGGAAAUUGCUAUGAACAAUCUGGGCAACAAAAUUGACAGGAUGGAACUCACUAUAAAGAAGAUAGCUGAACAGAACUUCCAGAUUCUCAAAGUCUCGGUGGACAACAUGAACAUUUUGAUUAAUAGAUUUGAUAACGUCAAAGAGAAAGAAGGCGACAAGGAUUAG